AUGACCUUCACUACGGGAAGCUUGCUCCAUCUGAAUCAAGAAGACUUCGAUUUCAAUCUUCAAUUCGAGCACUUAUUCUUCUCCAUAAUUCCAUCAACCUUGUUUAUUGUUACAUCCUUAUGGCGCACGAUUUCCCGGGCACGGAAGCCCGCUGUGGUGAAUGCACCCACAUUUCAGUUCAUGAAGUCGGGUACUAUAAUCAUCUAUAUCUGUCUGGAACUAUCACUUCUCAUAUUGACUGCGACCGGCUCUUUUCAUGCCACCAGCAUGUUCAUAGCUUCUUCGACACUCAACCUUGUAUCGGCCCUUUUAAUGCUUAUCCUAAGUGUUGUGGAUCAUAGCCGAAGCCCAAGGCCAUCCAUUUUGCUGAACACUUACCUGUUCCUUACUCUUCUUCUCGAUGUGGCUCAGGCAAGAACGCUUUUUCUGUCAUCCGAUGACAAGCCUGAACUCACUUACAGCAGCAUCUUCUGCACAGCUCUAGCCCUGAAGACAGGGAUUUUACUACUAGAGGCUUAUCAAAAGAAUGAAUGGAUUACCUGGGACAAGAAAAAGCACAGCCCCGAAGAGACGAGUGGCAUUUUCUCCCUCGGCGUCUUUUUCUGGUUGAACAAGAUGUUUCUGAUCGGAUAUAAGAAUAUCUUGACGAUCGAAGACCUCUACCCACUCGAUAGCUCCUUCGAUGCUCAAGGGCUACAUGAAGAUUUUGUGAAGAAUAUAGAUUACUCAAAGCUUGGAGGAGACCGAUAUGGUCUUUUGAAAGUGCUGAUCCAUACACUGAAGGUGCCUCUUCUCCUUCCAAUUGCUCCGCGACUGGCACUGCUUGUUUUCACGUUCUGCCAGCCUUUGUUCAUCGAAAGCCUAUUGGUUUAUUUAUCUCAGCCGGAGCCUGACGCGAAUACCGGAUACGGUUUGAUUGGCGCUAGUAUGCUAAUUUACUUUGGAAUGGCCAUAUCACACGCCUUAUCUUGGUACUUUCACCACCGACUACGCACUAUGGCACGGUCAAUCUUAAUCACUGAGAUAUUCUCUACAGCGACAAAAUCCCAGAUUGUGUCCAAUGAUAAUAGCGCUACGCUUACCUUGAUGAGCACUGAUAUAGAACGCAUUAAAACGGGCCUUUGGUUUAUUCACGAGACUUGGGCAAGCAUAAUCCAGGCAGGCCUGGCAAGUUGGAUGUUAUACAAACGACUUGGUGUUGUUUUCGUCGCACCCAUCGGGGUUGUCAUUAUCUGUUCCAUUGGCUUGGGAAUUUUGGUCAAUUUCACUGGUGAUUCGCAAAGGACGUGGAUGUCAGGGAUCCAAAAGCGGGUUGGUCUUACCGCCACAGUCAUCGCCAGUAUGAAAUCACUAAAGAUAUCCGGUCUGUCGGCCACUGUGGGCGACUAUGUGCAGCAGCUCCGAGUGGACGAGCUCGCAGCAGGAGCCCGAUUCCGCAAAAUUUUUAUCAUUGCGGCGGUUUUCGCGUUUAUGUCUCAACUAAUUAGUCCACCACUUACCUUCGCAUUCACUCAACGCACAAUGGACGCCUCGAAAAUGUUCACAAGCCUUUCUUUCUUGACGUUGUUGACAAGUCCGCUGUCGCAGGUCUUUCAAUCCAUUCCUGAGCUUGUUUCCGGCCUGGCCUGUUUAGGUCGGAUUCAGGCUUACCUGGAAAGUGAACCGCAUCAUGAUUUUCGUCAAGUUCUUGCUACACGGAGAAGUUCAGAGAAGAAUUUUGCGGGUAAUGAAUCUUUCCCAGAGCCAAGCUCGGAUUCAAUAAAUUAUUUUGUCACCAAAAACGCCAGCUUCGGGUGGAAAGCAGGGAACUUUGUGCUACAGAAUGUGAGCACUCAGAUAUCCAAGUCGUCGUUGACGAUGGUUGUCGGGCCUGUGGGCUCAGGAAAAUCAACCUUUUGCAAGGCGCUUCUUGGAGAGGUUCCUUUCAGCAAUGGCAGUGUAGUCACAAACUCUCAAUUCCGGCAUAUCGGUUUCUGCGAGCAAACCGCCUUUCUAUCGAACGGAACAAUCCGAGACAAUAUCAUUGGAUUUUCUCCUUUUAAUGACGAGAGGUAUAAUGAAGUCAUUGAGGCCACAUCCUUAGGCUUUGACUUUGAGUUCCUUCCUCAAGGAGACCACACGAAUAUCGGGUCAGAUGGAAUCGCCCUUUCUGGGGGCCAGAAGCAACGUGUAUCGUUGGCGCGAGCACUGUAUCUACAAUCCGAACUGCUCAUUCUAGACGACGUCUUCAGCGGUUUAGAUGCGGAUACUGAGGAACAUGUUUUCCGGCAUGUUUUUGGGGAAGAUGGUUUACUCAGAAGACGGGAUUCGACGGUUGUACUAUGCACCCAUAGUAUCAGACACCUCCCCUUUGCAGAUUACAUAAUUGCGCUUGAGGACGGUAUCGUUAAAGAACAGGGUACUUUCGAUCAUCUGUCAACUAGCCAAGGAUAUAUUCAGCGUCUGGGACUGAAGGGCAAUCUCGAUCGUGAACCUUGCGAAAAGCCGGCCCCCAAGAACGGGGCCACGCUCCAGUCACAGCCGACCCGUGUAGUCAAGACUACAGUUAGCAGUGGCACCACGACCCUCUCGGCAGAUGCGAUCGCAUUACGGCAAGUCGGAGACACUACCGUGUAUAAGCAUUAUUUCAAAAGCAUGGGAUGGUUCGUGGCAGCAUGUAGUUUGUUCUUCGCAGCCCUUUGGGGUUUCUUCACCAACUACCCAUCGAUCUGGCUCACAUAUUGGGGCGAUGCCAUUUCUUCGGACCAUUCCCCACAUUCCUACGCCUAUUACGCGGGUAUCUAUGCGCUGCUUCAAAUGUGCGCUAUGAUAGCACUGCUACUACUGGGAAUUACGCUUUUUAUUGUUUCUGUCAAGAAGGCGGGUGCUAUUCUACAUCAGGAUGCGCUACGAACUUUGAUGCGAGCACCACUUUCAUUCUUCACGAAGACAGACACUGGCGUCGUAACCAACUUGUUUUCACAAGAUUUGAAUUUGAUAGAUACGGAGCUACCAGAUGCGACGUUGAAUACUCUGUUUUGUGUCUUUCAAUCCAUUGGACAAGCGGCUGUUAUGCUCACUUCGUCGGUGUAUCUGGCUAUCAGUUAUCCGCUCCUUGGCGGCUUACUAUAUGUCGUGCAGAAGUUUUAUCUACGAACUUCGAGGCAGAUGAGGCUGCUAGACUUGGAAGCUAAAAGUCCUCUAUAUCUUCUUUUCAGCACCCAUUUCCUCGAUACUCUCAAAGGUAUUGCAACUCUGCGAGCUUUCGGCUUUCUCCCGGAGGAAAUCCAAAAGAACGCUCGCCUAGUCGACUCCAGCCAAAGACCCGCAUACCUUCUCCUGAUGAUCCAAGAAUGGUUAAAUCUAGUCCUAAAUCUGGUGGUCAUGGUGAUCGCAGUGGUCCUAACCACUCUCGCCGUACGCCUCCAUUCCAACUCCGGCUUCGCCGGUGCAUCCCUAUACUCCCUUAUGAGCUUCGGAGAAAAUCUAUCCGACGUCGUAAUUUUCUACACAAAGCUCGAAACCUCUAUCGGUGCGAUUGCAAGGCUGAAGAACUUCAACGAAACCGUCACGCCAGAAGACCGAGAAGAGGAGGAUAUUAAUCCGGGUGAAGAGUGGCCUGAGCACGGUACAGUCGAGUUGAAAGAUGUUUCAGCACGAUAUGGAGAAGAAAAUGACAAUGAAUCCCCUCUCGCCCUCAAAAAGAUCCAUCUCUCUAUCUACUCUGGCGAAAAAGUCGCUAUAUGUGGUCGGACUGGAAGUGGAAAAUCAAGUCUCCUCGCUCUUCUCCUCAAGCUCCUUGAUCCCCUCCCAAAUACCACCGGAGACGCGGCGGUCCUCAUCGAUAACAUUCCCCUCAGCCGCAUUAACCGUUCGGCCCUCCGCCAGCGCCUCAUCGCCGUCCCACAGGAAGCAGUCUUCCUCCCAGAUGGCUCUACUUUCCAAGCAAACCUAGAUCCAUCAAACAUUUCUACACCCGCAGAAUGCCAGAGUAUUCUAUCGGCAGUUGGACUCUGGUCUUUCGUCCAGGAGCACGGCGGCCUAGAUGCACCUAUGACUGCAGGAACAUUGAGCGCGGGACAGCGGCAACUUCUUUCACUCGGGCGGGCGAUGUUACGCCGUGGGGUCCGAACUAAAUCGUCCAAUGGUGGGGGGAUUUUGUUGUUGGACGAAAUUAGUUCUAGUGUUGACCAUGAGACGGAGCGCGUGAUGCAAGAGAUUGUCCGUGUUAAUUUCAAUAAUUACACGGUCAUAUCUGUCUGCCAUCGGUUAGAUAUGAUUAUGGAUUUUGAUCGGGUGGUGGUUAUGGAUAUGGGAGAGGUUGUUGAGGUUGGAGAGCCGGGGGUAUUGAAAGAUUCACUUAGCUCGCGGUUUGCGGAUUUG